UCUCUGCAUGUGGCAAUUUGCUGAAUAAUGCAUCAUUUUGUCAACUCUUAUAUAGCAAUCGAGAAAUGCCCUACAGUGCUCCCUGCACACAGGAGACAAGAAUGCAGAUCGUUAUGGAAACAGGCUUGAAACUUGCUUGAAAUAAAAAUCUCCGUUCUAUACUUGUGGCUUUGAAGGCCUGGGCUGUCUUUCUUUUCCUUCUGGAGUAGCUGCGAUUCAUCCUGUUCGAUUGGAGUGAAUUCAUCCCGUUUCCGAGGCCAAAGGGAGGAGCGAGCGGGCGGCCAUGUUGUGCGGGGGGCGGGGAGGAAGGAGCUGAGAUGGCGGCGGCUCCCUCAGACAGACGGCACAAGAUGACCGGGGAGCAGCGGCAGCUCCCGCACGGCUCCCGGGCGCGCUCCCCGCCGCUCGCUCUGGGGACACCCGGCCGGCGCCCCGGGUGCCGCGCUCGAGGGCCGAGUCGGGCCCAGCACUCUGAGGGCUCCGGGGCUGCGGAGGGUGGCGAGCGGGGCUGCCGAGAGCGGCUGGGACGGGCGGGCAGCAAUGGCGCCGGGACUGCGAGCGCUGCCCGCUCCGCUCCCUCGCCCGGCGGGCGCGGGGCCGCCCUUGGCCGCGGGAAGGGCAAGCAUCAGAGCAGCGCCCCGUCCUCGGGGCCCCCGCUGCCGGCCAGCGGGCUGCUCUUCGCCAGGUAGAAUACCAUGAACAAUACCUUAUUUUCUGAGUGGCUUCAGAGGAAUCAUUCAUGAGUUAUUUUUUCAGAUGUGUGGAGGAC